UUUCCGCUUUCCCCCGCCUGCCAACCUGUAGUUUCGGUCAGCUGAGCUCUGUAGUGCAGUGCUGAACACUGAAGCUAGGUGUCCCAUGUCUAUUAUGAAAUGCUUUGCAUCCCGGGCAUAUACUGCUGUGCUCAAUUUGGUUGCUAGCUAGCUCGGUAUUUUUCUUCGAUUCGUGCACCUUGGGGCUUCGCUGGACCGAAUCGUGUAGUUUGGGUGGGAGCCGUGCAACGGAGCGCCGUGGACAGCUAACGUUAGCUGACGUUCAGUAGCUAGGUGUCCCGUCUUCGAGAGGGUAAUAUUACUCUCGGUCGCUCUGACUGCAUUGCAGCCCUGUGCUGCUGCUGGAAUUCAAGCCCGUUAACAAUGGCGACUCACAGCCCAAGCACCAACUCAACAACCACCUCCAGCCACAACAGCAAUAGCGCAGGAUCAACAGCUCUGCCACACCACCACCAAUCCCAGUCUCAACACAUAACGACCAUGAGCAGCAUGCAGGAAACCAACACGUGCUGGAGGUGUCAGAGCGACACAGGCAAACGCAAAGCGCUGAAGUUAAAUUUCGCCAAUCCGCCGAUCAAGCCCACCGCCAGAUUCACCCUCAACACAGCGGGCCCUCCUUUCCAGAACCCACACAUCGAACGGCUGCGGACGCACAGCAUCGAGUCGUCGGGGAAGCUGAAGAUCUCCCCCGAGCAGCACUGCGACUUCACCGCAGAGGACCUGAAGGACCUGGGGGAGAUCGGCCGCGGGGCCUACGGCUCCGUCAACAAGAUGGUGCACAAGCCCAGCGGACAGAUCAUGGCCGUCAAGCGGAUCCGGUCGACGGUGGAUGAGAAGGAGCAGAAGCAGCUGCUGAUGGACCUGGACGUGGUCAUGAGGAGCAGUGACUGUCCGUACAUCGUCCAGUUCUACGGGGCCCUCUUCCGCGAGGGAGACUGCUGGAUAUGCAUGGAGCUGAUGUCUACCUCCUUUGACAAAUUCUACAAAUAUGUUUAUUGUUCAUUAGACCAUGUGAUUCCAGAGGAAAUAUUAGGCAAAAUAACAUUAGCUACUGUGAAAGCACUUAACCACUUAAAAGAAAACUUGAAAAUAAUUCACAGAGACAUCAAGCCGUCCAACAUCCUCCUGGACAGGAAGGGCAACAUCAAGCUCUGCGAUUUCGGCAUUAGUGGACAGCUGGUGGACUCCAUCGCCAAGACCAGGGAUGCAGGCUGUCGGCCCUACAUGGCGCCGGAGCGAAUAGACCCCAGCGCGUCCCGGCAGGGCUACGAUGUGCGGUCUGACGUCUGGAGUCUGGGGAUCACACUGUACGAGCUGGCUACGGGCCGGUUCCCCUACCCGAAGUGGAACAGCGUGUUUGACCAGCUGACGCAGGUGGUGAAGGGCGACCCGCCCCAGCUCAGCAACUCGGAAGAGCGGCAGUUUUCCCCCAAAUUCAUCGCCUUCGUCAACCUGUGCCUUACAAAGGACGAGUCUAAAAGGCCAAAGUACAGAGAGCUUCUGAAACACGCGUUCAUUCUGAUGUACGAGGAGCGCUCGGUGGAUGUGGCCACCUACGUCUGCAGGAUCCUGGAUCAGAUGCCAGCCUCCCCCAGCUCACCCAUGUAUGUGGACUGAGCCCCUCCCAGGGCCACUGGCCACGGAACCAACCAACGAAAAAAAAAAAAAACAUGCAAAAAAAAAAAAAAAAAAAAAAAUACAUGCUAAAAAAAAAAACAAAAUCUGCUUUGUCAAAUGUCCUCAGCGUUUUAAGUCAAAUAAAACCCACCGGUGCAACAGCUCUCCUCUGUAAACGCCAGUUACCUCUCUCAGAAAGUAUACUCAAAAUGACUUAGACUCCGUUAUUGUUUGAACGUAAUUGUCAAUAAACAAAACCAGUCACAGAUGACCACAUAUUUUCUGGGCGGUAGGAGUUGCGAGCGUAAUCAUCCACAAUCUGCCAUCUUUGUUUCCGUUUGGUCUCGGCUGCGCUACCUCGCUAGCGAUGCUAGCUGUGUGGCAAGCAAAUGUCCAACGUCGGGCUGGCCAAUAUCAUGGUAAAAGGAAAUAUUUGUCUGGAUAUUUAAUUUUAUCAUUAAAAAAGAAAUGUGUAUAUAUAUAUAUAUAGGCUAAGUUAUCUCACUGCCCUGUGUGCCGUUUGCGAGGCUCUGCAGUCCCGUUUCACCCAGGGACAGAUGAACUAGAUUUUUUUUUCUAUAGUUCUUGAGAAAUGAUGCUGGAUGAGAGUGAUUUCAUGAUGCGUGUGUAAUGGUGAGACUGAUUUCAGAUCAAGGCCGUUUCAGCGGUGGUGUUCACUUGGCUAAAAGAGAAAAACUACCCCCCCCCCCGUCUGCCAGACACCUUGUGCAAUCAGAUGGGUGUUUGUUUCAAUCAUGUCUGUAUAUUGGCAUCUACACAAGUUCUCUCUCUCUCUCCCUCUCUCUCUCUCUCUCUCUCUCUCUCUCUCUCUCUCUCGUGCACGUACGUAACAGUCGCACACUAGUAAACUGAUAAUGCCAUGGUCUUGGCUCAUGUUGAUGACCUCAUUCAUCUCUUACGUGGACACAGUGUAGUGAUGAAAAUCUGGAAAUAUAUUUAUAGUAUUAAAUCACUUGUGGAGUAUGAUUUCUUCUUCCUUUUCGGUUUUUGGAGAUGUGUCAAUCAGCAUAUUUUAUUAGAAACGUAUUUUGUGAAUAGUCCCAUCUCACCCAUCUCUGGUUGUCUGUUGAGCAGUGCGUGUGCGCGCAGGUGUGUGUGUGUGUGUGUGUGUGCGCGUGUAUGCGCAGGUGUGUGUGUGUUUGUGUGCAUCGGGACAAAGGAAAACUAGUUUGUCAACAGGAGUGAAUUUUACCCAGCAUGCACAGGGCUAAUCGAGAUUGGUGGGCCUUGUUUUGCAACGGGUCGACUCGCUGAUAGUUAAGACUAGAGAGGGGAAGAAAUCGGUUUCACGAGACAUUGAUUUAGACACGUGUGCACAUGUACGAGAGCUUUCUGUGUUUACAUAUGGCCCAUACACAUGCGUAUAGACGUGCGCAAAUGUAAACCUGCGUACACGUGCACCACCCACAGACACGGCGAACUUCACACUUUGUAAAUAUGAAAUGUGCAAAUAUUUUUGUCCCUUCAGAAAUCAUGAGGUGUAUGGCUUUCCUAAAUGAAAAAAUAAACAAAAAUGUAAAAAAAAAAAAAAAUAAAAAAAAAAAGAAUUUAAGGAAACAUUUUUAUAUAUUACCGUUUCACCACAUGUGGAACAAGACCAUUCGUUCUUGGUACGGGGGUUGUGUAUCUGUGGCAGUAAGUCCAUAUUCUUCUCCCUCAGUCCGGUCCUGAGUGGUUUGCUCCACCGUUGGCAUUGGCGGAAUGCAUCGUCAGGCAUAACUGUGUGCCCAAAUCGAGGCGUAGUAGCUUACAGUGUUUCAUUCUUUCCUGUGACCAUCCAUAGUGUACAGCUACGCUUUGCUGUGUAUUGUAUAAAGGCUAAAAAAAAAACUAAAAAAAACGAAGAAACUUCUGUUUGAAUGAGGAUGCUAAUUCAAGAUGGCCAGGGUAAGAACUAGCAGUUCACAAGCCAUGCUGUCGUCAGCCUAGGCCUUCCAAUCUGGACCCUGGUUCUGGGUGACCAACGUGUCCUGGCUUUGCGCUGUCCCGGGUUGUUAUGGGUCGAGAUGUCGCUUGGAUCGAUGUGGGCUUGCUGUUGAGAAGUUCUAACUCUUUGUGACUUUAGAAAGUCUCACUUUGUGAAGUGCGCGCCGUCAAAACGGAAUAAAAUACUGUAAAGGCUCGGUUUCCCAUAAUGCACCAAUUUGUAGUCUCCCGUAAGCUGAAGCUUCCUUUUCAAUAAGAGGUUCGAUGUAUGCAGCAGCUCAGAGACCACAGGGUUUGUUUGUUUUUAACCGUUACAUUCAAAAACUACAGUAUGACCGUAUUAUCUUUUAUUAUUUUCAUUUUUUUUUUUUGGUACUCAAAUGAGUGUUCUGACUGUAAAUGUCACCAGUUUUUAAAAACCAUGGCUUUGUGGUUUCAGAGGGGGGUAGGAGAGAAAGAACAAAUAUUAAGAAUUGUGAAUUAUGCUGUAUAAUAAAUCUUUUAUCACUGUCAACGUAUGUUCGAAACUGUCACCAUUAUCCUGGCUUGAAAUAGUCUUCACAUUAUGAACACUUAAAACGCUUGCACUUUUUUCUGUUGGGACAUGGAAGACGAUUAAAACGAUGGAACUUGUCUCUUGACAGAUGAAAAAAAAAUAUGGAGAAAAGAGUGUAAAAAAUGUCCAUUUUAUUAGCAUAUUAAUAUUAGAUUAUAAAAUAUUAAGGGUGAGGAAUUUACUACGUUGGUGUAUCUACGGAUUUAAAGAAAUGUAUAAUGUUCGCACAACUGUGAAAAUAAAACUGUACAUUGUGAAAAUGGGUUGUAUCCUGUACUAUAGAAAAUGUAUAAGAAAUAUAAAACAGAAAAAAAAAAUUGUGCAGGGAUAUUGCCUUAUGUGUCCGUGAAUAGGAGCGUACUUAAUCUAACAUCUGGCUUUAAAGAGCUCCUGGCUUUUUUUUUUCUAUCCUAUCUACUGGUUUGACUCCAUAUAUUUAAGACAUCGAUGGAAUCUAAGUGUUCAUGUAGUACUGAUUAUAGUCUGUGCCUGCAGGUCAGAUGAAAUAAAUCUAGAAUGUGA